AUGACCUCGCGUCCUGAUGCUGUCCGACUUCUCGAGCCUCAGCUUUCGCAAUCCAUGAGCCUGGACUGGCUAGUAUAUGGACAGCCUGUUAUUGCUCUUUUUUCCAAACUGGGCAAAUCAGCUUACACGCCGUUCGACCGUGAAUAUCUAGGGCAGCCGUCGCGCCACAAUCGUGCCGGUCAAGGUUUGAGACUUUGGAUUGGUUUCGACGAAGACACCAACAAGCUUAUUGUGGCUCUCACCCAAGAGAUUCAAGUUAGCAAUGGAAAGAAGCCUCGUAUAUAUUACCUCUGCGUCCCGGUCGAGUCUCUUGCUGUUGAGGUUGCUGAGCCCGCCUACUGGGCUUUGUCCGACGGCGUCGUACCUUUACAUAUCCUCGAUAGGCCGAACAAUACCAGACCUGAUCAGGCAUCUCGACUUCUACGCAUUUCUUUCUCCCUUACCGCAAAGUCCUGGGUCAUCAUGCCUAAUUUCCCUCAUACUGGCCGCGUAUCAGAGAUGUCAAUGUCGCUACUAAGCAAGCUCAAGGGGUUGUCCGAGGUACCAAACUUCGACUUGUUUACUACGCACGACUCCUGGCUUCACCAACGCCUUCUCAGAGUACGAAACGUUCUUCACAAUAACACUGUGACUGGCUUCAACAUCAACCAUGCCAAUUUUUACCCUGGAGGUCGUGCGGCUGUCGUGGAUCUAUGGGAGUCCCAAGGCUGGCGUCCUGCCGAGCGAGUACUUGAGCAUAAGAGCAAGACGGAUCAUCUCAGUCCGGCCUUGAAGCGUAAGCACGAUGAGAUUGCGAACGAAGAGCCUGAAUCGCCGUCGUCACCACCGCCGCCGCCGCCAUACGGUAUAGACGAGCCUGGACCGGAAGCUGCGUCAACAGCAUCGUUCGAUAUGGCCGUGCUCCUAGAUGAACGCGUCGAAUCCGGCACAGAUUCAUUGCUAUCAGAAAUAUAUCCUCGAGGACGGUCCAUGUCAUUGCCUGUCGAAAAUAAGAUAUGCAAGCCAAUGUCACCAAACUUUGUGUUUACACCUCUUGCACGUCACUCAACUCAUAACUCCGACGACACCUCUCGGUCAUAUGAAAAGACUCUGCCUUCGUACAGCUCACCAGAGACGCUACACCCGCUGCGUAAGCCAACGAUUACUAACUCCAGCCGUACCUCUCCGUUGCGAAAAGAUACUCUGCCUUUGUACAGCCUACUACAAAUACCACGUACACCUGAAAAGGCAAGGAACACCCUGAAACACACUGCCCAUGUAACAGACAAUGUGUCGCCGCGUCAAUCUGCACAUCAUUCGUCGACUCGGAAUGUAUCGGAAACGCUGUCUGGCAAGCUAUCGUCAUAUCAAAUCAUUGAUUCUAUCAAACAACAUGACCUUUAUCGGUCUUGUCAGGGUCAUCGCAAUCGAGAGCUGUUGACACAUUGGCUAGCGACACUUCUAGGUCGUUAUGCUUAUAUUCACUAUACACGUAUUGCUGAAUUACUCGCUCUCGGCUCAGCAACGAUCGGAAAUGACCCAAACGCUAUCAGGCGUGCAAGGGCAAAGUGCUUAAGCGCUAUUCUCAGCUGCGCUAAUCAACAAGAAAUCAACUCUGCACAUAACGAAGUCGAAGGCCUGAUCUCAUGGCUACUUGUAUUGAACCCAGAAACUGGUGACCUUGAGUUCCUUGAUCAACUAGCUGAACUCUCAACAGCUCACAAGAGAGUUGAAGAGCUCAAAGGUGUUCCUGCGUCCCCACGCUCCUUUGAUGGCGCGUUGUUCGAUCCACCUGGAUGUUCCGAUCAUUCCGAUUAUGAUGAAGAAUACCUUCAACGCAGACAUGAUUUCAUGAACUGCAAAGCGAGCAUUAUCUUGGAUGCAUGCAUACAUUUCGGGCCUGAUCUAGAGCGUCAAGGGCGUAAUGUCAAAGACUGCAUGACGGAAGAGUAUGGUCGUAUCUACAAAUCAUAUUGA